GGUAUCAUUCUCCCUAUACAUGUUGGUUAGCGUCAUAGUACUGAUCAAUCUGUUGAUCGCGAUGAUGUCCGACACGUACCAAAGUAUCCAGUCGCAGAGCGACAUCGAGUGGAAGUACGGGCUUAGCAAACUGAUUCGCAAAAUGCAAAAAACAAAAACAGCGCCUUCGCCCCUGAACCUAUUUUCUUCUUGGAUCACGUACAUCGUUAAACUAUGCACGGCACACCGCCGCCGUGAACGCAAAACGGGCGUGACGCGACUAUUCACGGGCCACCCCUUUUUCCAGGAUAACGGGAUAUCACCGCAGCAACGCGACGCCACCAAUUUUCCAUUACUUCGACCAACUCCAUUGGAAAGUCAAUUAUCUUUAAAAGAUUCAUCUAGAAUUGAGAACAUCGUUGAAUGGGACCUAGUCAGACGAAAAUAUAGAGCACGGUUCGGAAAUGAAACUGAAAAGCCUCUUCCAGAAGAUUCGUCUACGAUUAAUCCAAACGUUUAAAUGUUUUAUAUACACUUUUUAGUAACACUAUAACGACCACUGUAGAGACGCGAUAUAUUUCGUCACUUUUUCGAACUCUUUAUACCUCCAAUUUGAUAUCUCUUUUUAUCUCGUCGCUAAUACUAUAAACUACAAGUCCUCUGAACUAUCCUCAUGUACCAAUUGAAGUUUCUUCCGCUUCGUUGAAGUCCUUGAUUUAGUAAAUAUUACGGGGAUUGUCCUGAAGUUCCUAUAAGUCAAUUUAUGUAAAAUGAAAAGAAGAACAAUGAGAAUUUACGAAAAGUAUAAAUCUUUUUUCUGGAAAUGUUCAAAGAAUCACGAGUAAUACACUUUCAUAUCUUAUAAAAGAUACUAAAUUUACAAGUGGACAUAACGACCUUAGUAGCUAGAUUUAUUGAGAAAUGUAAUUUCUCUUCCGUAUCUUUGAUGUGUGGUAAUUAAAAGACCAAACGCAGCAGCCUGUUCUCGUAUGCAUUUAUCUUCUUCCGGUGUUAACGAUUCCGGAAGUGGUUGCCUUAAUAAUUGACUGUCUUUUGAGAAAGUUUCGCACAUCUUACGCGCAGCUUCCUCAAACGUUGUUUGUUUUUUCUCUUUCUGCUGAGUUUUCAAACACUUUGACCAUAGUUGUUUCUCUAUGUCCGUGUAUUUUCGUUGAUUCUCGUUUACCUAAA